AUGGCCCUCUCAACGAAGCUGCAGUUUGUUUUCCCUGCGCUUCUUCACGAUUCAGGAACUCGUGUCAGCUUGAUUGCCAGUGCUUACAUAAUAACAAUUCUUACUGGUUCUGGAGUUCUGUCCCUAGCUCGGGUUAAUGCUCAACUAGGAUUGAUUGCAGGUUCUGCUGCCAUAUUCUUCUUCUCCACUGUCAAGUACUUAGGUACUUCAGUCCUCCUAUCUACAUGUUAUCGAUCUGACGCUAGAAAUUCCCAGAGGCGGUACCAUACCUACGUGGGGGCUUUGCAGGAAAACCUCGGUGGUACGGAGGUGAAGAUAUGUGUAGUAGGUCAAUAUUUGAAGCUUUUCGGGAGUGCCAUUGGAUACACAAUUGGAGCGUCCGCAAGCAUGAUGGCAAUCCAAAGGUCUAUCUGCUUCCACAGCAGUGAAGGCAGGAAUCCAUGCCAAAUCAACAGCUACCCAUAUAUCAUUGCAUUUGGCCUUGUUCAGAUAAUUCUCUCUGUCAUUGGUGAUUUCAAGUGGUUCUCCAUUAUCGCAGCUGUGAUGUCCUUCAUUUAUUCCACAAUUGGUCUUGGCCUCGGCAUCGCAAAAGUAGCAGAAACUGGAAAGUUUUGGGGAAGUGUGACUAGAAUAAGCAAUAGUCAUGUGAAUGAAACACAAAAGAUAUGGAGGAGCUUCCAAGCACUCGGGGACAUAGCAUUUACUUUCUCUUUCUCCAUCGACUUUAAUGAAAUUCAGAACACAGUUUUUAAUUCUCCACCAUCAGACUCGAAGAUUAUAAUGAAGAAGGCCAUUAAAUUCAGCUUUGCAUUCAUAACCUUUUUCUACAUGGUUUGUGGCUAUUUGGGUUAUGCUGCUUUUGGAGAGAGCACGCCCAGAAACCUCCUUGCUGGAUUCGGCUUCUAUAACCCAUAUUGGCUGCUGGACAUAGCACAUGUUGCCGUGUCUCUCGGGUGUGUUGCUGAGUACCAAGUUAAUUCCCGAGCACUCUUUGCCUUGACUGAGGAUGCUGCAACACAUGAAAGAUUCACAGGAGAGGCCAUAAACCCAAUCCUGAGUGGCCGCCCAGAUAGACUCAAUCUCUACCGUUCUGUUUGUAGAACAAUUUUUGGGAUGAUAAUUACUGUGAUAUCAAUGUUUCUGAAGCACUCCUUGGAAAACGUGGCUAGACUUACUGGGAUUUUAGGGUUUUGGCCUCUCACUGUUUACUUGCCUGUGCGGAUGUAUAUAGCUAAAAAGAAGAUAACAAGAUGGAGCGCAAAAUGGGUUUUCCUUCAAAUCCUGAGCCUGGCGCUCCUCAUCAUCAACAUUGCUGCUGUAGUAGGCUACAUUGCUUGGGUGGUUCUUGAUCUCCAGACUCACAAGCUCUUCAAGGAAAACUAG